AUGGUGCCACGUUAUCCUUGAAAUUUUACGAAUUUUAUCGAUGUCGAAAACCACACGAAGCACUCGAUCCAACAUAGUAAACCAUGAAUAUUUUCAGGGGCAAAUUGUCAACUUAUUCUAUAGCGAAGUGUAUGCUUGGAUUUCAUGCAACGUUUGGCGCUUUUAUGUCGGGUGCUGCCGCCGCCGAAAUCCGCCGCCGACUCCUCACCGGCGUCAGCCCCAGCAGCCACCUCCCACCGCUCACAGUCAAGCUCCUCCACGGCCGCCUCCUCCGCCUCGAUCUCCUCACUGAUCUCACCCCGCUCCUCCUCCGCGUCCUCUGCUCCUCCGGUCUGCACCUCCACGCCCUCCGCCUCCACACCCUCCUUCCCAGCCCCUCCCACCUCACCUUCCCCUUCGCCCUCAAGGCCGCGUCCCGACUACCGGACCCGCUCUCCGCCGGCGUGCAGCUCCAUGCCCGCUCCCUCAAGCUCCCCUACCACUCCAACCCCCACGUUCUCACAUCCCUCCUCAACCUGUACGCAAAAUGCGGCCUUUUGCACGACGCCCAGAGGGCGUUCGACGAAAUGCCCCACCCCAGCACCGUUUCUUGGACCGCGCUCAUCACUGCGUACAUGGACGCUGGGCGCGUCCAGGAAGCCGUUCGCGUUGCAAGGAAGGCGUUCGCGGAUGGCAUGCGCCUGGACAGCUUCACGGCUGUGCGAGUCCUGACUGCGUGCGCUCGUGUGACAGAUUUGGUGACCGGGGAGGCAGUAUGGAGGGCAGCAGAGGAAGAGGGGAUCGCAGGGAGCGUGUUCGUGGCAACUGCGGCGUUGGACUUGUAUGUCAAAUGCGGAGAGAUGGAGAAAGCACGGGAGGUGUUUGACAAGAUGCAGAACAAGGAUGCAGUGGCUUGGGGCGCUAUGGUUGGGGGAUACUCCUCCAACGGGCAUCCACGAGAGGCUCUGGAGCUUUUCUUUGCAAUGCAGGCAGAGGGGGCGAAGCCGGAUUGUUACACAGUAGUUGGAGCGCUCUCUGCAUGCACAAGGUUGGGUGCACUGGCUUUGGGACGGAGGGCAGUUGGGAUGGUGGACUGGGAUGAGUUUCUUGACAACCCAGUCCUGGGGACUGCACUGGUCGAUAUGUAUGCCAAGUGUGGGAGCAUGGAUGAGGCGUGGACAGUGUUCCAGCAGAUGAGGAAGAGAGACAUUGUUGUUUGGAAUGCAAUGAUCUUGGGGCUUGGCAUGACUGGGCACGAGAAGAUUACUUUUGCGCUUGUCGGUCAGAUGGAGAAGUUAGGCAUGACACUGAAUGACAAUACCUUCAUUGGGUUGCUCUGCAGCUGUACACAUACUGGCCUUGUACAAGAUGGGCGACGGUAUUUUCGUAACAUGACUCAGUUAUCCCGUAUAAGUCCUAGGAUCGAGCACUACGGUUGUAUGGUUGACCUGCUCAGUCGUGCGGGUUUGCUGGAGGAGGCUCAUCAGCUGAUUGAGGACAUGCCGAUGCAGGCAAAUGCUGUUAUAUGGGGGGCACUUCUUGGUGGUUGCAAAAUCCACCGGGAUGCUGACCUUGCUGAACAUGUGUUGAAACAGCUCAUCCGGCUGGAGCCAUGGAAUUCUGGAAACUACGUCAUGCUAUCUAACAUAUACUCUAACAGUGGCAGAUGGGAGGAUGCGGCAAAGCUCAGGUUGGAAAUGAAGGCGAAGGGGGUUGACAAGGUCCGUGCAUAUAGCUGGGUUGAGUUUAAUGGUAAAGUCCACGAGUUCCAUGUUGGAGACAAGUCACAUCCCCUCUCAGAUCAAAUUUACACAAAGCUAGAUGAAUUGGGCAUGGAAAUGAAGGCCAUGGGUUAUAAACCAACUACCGAGGUGGUGAUGUUUGAUAUUGAAGAUGAGGAGAAGGAGCACACGCUAGUGCAUCACAGCGAGAAGAUUGCCAUUGCAUUCAGCCUCCUCACUACUGGACCAGAAGAGACCAUUAGGGUCACCAAAAACCUCCGAGUUUGCGGUGACUGCCACACUGCCAUCAAGCUCAUAUCAAGGAUAACCUAUCGUGAAAUUAUUGUUAGAGAUAACAAUCGAUUCCAUUGCUUUAGAGAUGGUCAUUGCUCUUGCAAUGAUUACUGGUAGUAUUACAAACGACUUCCUGUUGCAAUUUUGAGCAGCUGUUUGAUGUAAACUGUAGUCAGCUAGAGUUGUGAUUGGAGCAUGGAAGAGGCAGAGUAAGGCAGGUCCACAUUGUAGUUUUUUCCCCAUUCAGUUGUUUCUGCUGAAAGGAAUCAAUAAUGUUUUGUUUGAUUGCUCUUGUGUAGUUGUGUUUUAUCUGUAAUGUACUUCAGAAAUUAAA